AUGCGCGCCUCCACCAUCCUCUUCGGCCUCACUGCCACCAUCUUCGCCUCCGCGGCUGUCAUUCCCAAGGAAGCUGCCACCGUCAAGACCGCCGUCUCCCCCGAUGGUUACGUCUACAACGUCGAGACCGAGGCCUACAUCGAGGACACUAUCACCACCGCCGACGGAAUCACGCACACCGUCCUCGUCCACCCCGCCUUCAAGCGCUCCGUUGAUGAGCACGGAACAUCUCACAACCCCAACAAGAGUAAGCGUCUCCAAUACACCGCGGGAGGUGCGGACCAGUGCGAUCACAGCACCUUGGUCAACAAGACUAGCGGCGCCUCCCCUACCACUGGCGAUUGCGGGGCCGUCCGUGACUACUACCGCAGAGACAACGGCCACUUUGAGGCGUCGGCUCUACUGGACCUGCUCGGUAGUGAAUGGUGCAGGCUUGUCAUCACGGGCACGUGUGUAUUUGGUAUCAAGAGCAUGAACGUCGGCGGUACGAAGGUCGGCAGUAGCAAUAUCGCGGACCUGGUCGAGGUCUCCAUCAACACGUACCAGUCGGGCGGCAGGAUUGGUGCUGAGGGGGUAACAACUUGCACCGGCUGGAGGGCCACGACUCAGUGGGCUAUCUUCCACUCCUAG